UUGAAUUACAUGGAAGAAUGGAACGGCGUGGUGCAUCGGCAUUCGAUUCGGCGUCUCGGUAAUGAGAACACACGUGCUGUGUGUUUGUAUUAAGUAUAUUGUUAUUAUUUUUAAAUGAAAAGCUGAGUGGUUAUUUUAAAAAAUUUUCAAAAUGUUAGUUCUUUUCGAAACUCCGGCUGGUUAUGCCAUUUUCAAGCUGUUGGACGAAAAUAAACUUUCGAAGUCAGAUAACCUUUAUCUUGACUUUGAAACCCCUGAAAGAGCUGGUAAAGUUCUAAAGCUAAAACAUUUUGAAAAGUUUGCUGAUACUACAGAAGCUCUUGCUGCCACGACUGCAGCAGUCGAAGGCAAAUUAUGCAAAUCUCUGAAAAAAUUGCUCAAAAGGCAAUGUUCCGAAGUCCAGGAGCAACUAGCUGUGGCAGAUGCCAAGCUUGGAAAUGCAAUAAAAGCAAAAUUAAAUUUGGCAUGUUUGAGCAAUAGUUCAGUACAAGAACUUAUGAGGUGCAUUCGCACACAAUUAGAUAGCUUAUUAGUUGGCUUACCAAAAAAAGAAAUGGCUGCUAUGGCUUUAGGCUUAGCCCACAGUCUUUCUAGGUAUAAACUAAAAUUUUCUCCAGAUAAAAUUGAUACUAUGAUCGUCCAAGCUGUCAGUCUUCUGGAUGAUCUUGACAAGGAACUGAACAAUUAUGUUAUGAGAUGCAGAGAAUGGUAUGGUUGGCAUUUUCCUGAAUUAGGAAAAAUUAUUGCAGAUAAUACUGCUUUCGUAAAGGCAGUAAAACUGAUUGGAACGAGGGAAAAUGCAGUCACCUCGGAUUUUUCUGAUAUUCUGUCAGAGGAAGUUGAAGAAAAGGUUAAAUGUGCUGCUGAGACAUCGAUGGGAACAGAAAUUUCCCAUGAUGAUAUUAUCAAUAUUCAACAGUUGUGUGAUCAGGUGAUUGAAAUUUCUACGUAUAGAGCACAGCUAUACGAUUACCUAAAAACACGAAUGAUGGCCAUGGCUCCAAAUCUCACAGUCCUUGUAGGUGAUUUGGUUGGAGCUCGUCUGAUUUCUCAUGCUGGUUCUCUCAUCAAUCUGGCCAAACAUCCAGCUUCCACUUUACAAAUCCUGGGUGCUGAAAAAGCUCUAUUCCGAGCCCUCAAAACCAAAAAAGACACGCCAAAGUACGGUCUUAUUUACCAUUCACAAAUCGUUGGUCAGGCUACGACGCGAAAUAAAGGUAAAAUUUCGCGUAUGCUAGCAGCCAAAGCUGCACUUUGUACGAGGGUAGAUGCUCUCGGCGAAGACGCCGAUUUUGAAUUGGGAGCCGAACAUCGAGUCAAACUCGAAAAUCGGCUCAGGUUACUUGAGGAAGGUAACCUGAGAAAAUUGAGCGGCACCGCUAAAGCUAAAGCUAAAUUUGAAAAGUUUCAUUGUAAAAGCGAGAUACUCGAGUAUCCUGCUUCUGCUGAUACGACAUUACCAGCUGGAAAGAGAAAGUAUUCACAAAUUCAGGAGAAGCCACUAAUUGAAGAAGUUGGUGACAUUGAGACUUUUGAAGCUCCCAAGAAGAAGAAAAAGAAAAACGAAACUGAAAUGGAAGUCGAAGUUGAAGUUAAAGUAGAAGAAGCCGAGGAAAACAUACCUCAGAAGAAAAAGAAGAAGAAGGCCAAGCAAGAGACUGCUGAAGAGGAGGCUCAGGAGCUUGAGGAAACUGUGAUGGAAAUUGAAGGUGGAGAAGAAGGCAAGAAAAAGAAGAAAAAAAAGAAGAAGAACCGUUUAGAAGAGGCCGAGACCAGCCAACUAGAAGUUGAAGAGCAAGAUCCUACAGUAAUAGAAGAAACAGUACCUGGAGAAAAGAAAAAGAAGAAAAAGAACAAAUCUCUAUCAACGAUGGAUUAACAUAUAGAUUUAUCAUGUAAUAUAGUUUUGUAUAUAACUUCUUAUAUUAACGACUGUGAUUCUUAUAAGAUUGACGAAAAAUCAAGUUCUUGAGAAUGACCAUAUUUUCUGUAAUUUAAGACAUUUUUUCAAUAGUGUUGAGUACUUUAUUUUUCAAAACUAUGUAAAUUAUACCCAUAUUGUAUAAAUAAUACACUCAAUUUUUUUUGAUUAAUAGAAAAAUACGUAGAAGCGACAUAUCUUGUGUACUUUCUUUUGUAAUACUAUCGUCAUUUUC